UCUUCUCUGCAACACCCCUCUGCUCUGCUCUCUCUCUCUCUCUCUCUCUCUAAUGUCUUCUUCUUCUUCUUCAUCUCCAUCCUACUCUCUCAACCCCACCACACUCUCUCUCCACUCCAAACCCCACCACCACCACCUCCACCCAUCCUCCCUCACCUUCCCGGCCUCCAAGCCCUCUCCUCCCUGCCUCUUCCCCCGGGCCCACCGCCACCUCCGCGUCCUCUCCGCGUCCCCCGGCGGCGGCCCCGGCUACGGCCUCGAGGAGUCCCGCUGGCUCCGGGAGGAGCAGCGCUGGCUGCGCGAGGAGCAGCGCUGGCUCCGCGAGGAGCAGAGGUGGGCCCGCGACCGGGAGUCCCUCCUCGGCGAGAUCGCCAGGCUGAAGCUCCGGGUUCAGGCCCUGGAGCGUGAGGUCGAGAUCCCGGGCGGCGAUCCGACAGGGGAGGCGGCGAGCGCGGCCGCGCUGUUGCGGGUGCUGAGGGAUAGGAGUUUGAUCGCGGAGAGCGGGUCGAGCGCGAGUCCGAUGGUGUUGGAGGAGAAAAAGGAGGAGGAGAAGGAGAUCGUAGUGGAGGAGAAAGUCGUCGGGGUUUCGAAAGGCGAAACUAAAGAAGAACAGAAUCGGAGUGAGAAGAAGAAGAUGAUGGCCAAGACUACGAGGAGGGCAUUGAGAGUGGGAGCUGAAGGAGAUGAGGUUCAAGCGAUGCAGGAAGCACUUCAGAGGUUGGGAUUUUACUCUGGUGAGGAGGAUAUGGAGUUUUCCAGCUUCUCCACUGGGACUGAGCGAGCUGUGAAAACUUGGCAAGCCUCAGUAGGUGCUAAAGAAGAUGGGAUAAUGACGGUUGAACUUUUGGGAAGGCUGUACUUCGGGGAAGAAGAUGGUGCAAAUGGAGUUGCAGCUUUAUCAGUGACUGAAAUGUCGGAAAUUCAGCAGACGGUUGUUAAACAAAGUGAUUCAGAAGUUGAAGUAUCUCAACAUCGAGUCUUUCUACUUGGUGAGAACCGAUGGGAGGAACCCAGAAGACUCGAUGGCAGAAAUAGACAAGUUAGUGAAAGCAAGAGUGGCGACACGACGACAAAGUGCCUCGCUUGUAGAGGAGAGGGUCACAUAAUGUGCACAGAAUGCGAUGGGACAGGGGAGCCAAACAUCGAACCACAGUUCAUGGAAUGGAUAGAGGAGGGAGCAACAUGCCCUUAUUGCGAAGGCCUCGGUCAUACAAUUUGUGAUGUAUGCAAGGGGAAAGCUGUGGUUUAGGCAGCAUAUACACAAUUUUGUUCAGUCCUUUCAGUUAUAUAGAGCAUCUUUUAUAUAGAUGUAUAGCUCCUGCACAGCAACAAUCACUACCUACGGUAGACAGUAUCAUUUGUUGAACUCAAUUUGAGGCUUGGCUCUGCGCUACAUGACUGCUUCUAAGCCUAACAUCAAGCUGUGAUGAAGUCAUUUUCAGGCUUCGACAUAGAA